CAUGUGAUUUUGCUUUGCUCAACCCCCUUUUGCAUAAAACACAUCAGUGGUUCUCGUGGUGCGCUUCAAUCUCAACAUUCGAGGCUUUUUUUCGGUCUUAUGCGACGUCGUUGUUUGUUUCCCUCCAUCCAACUUCCUCGUCGAACGCGUAGGUAUAUCGUUUAAACGAAAGUGUCCAUCCCAUCGUUACGGGUUGUCGCUUUGUAGCUCCCCCACUGACUGGUGGAGCAGCUUUUUUCCACUAAGAUUGACAACUUCAAUAAUACAAAUAGUUUGUGCUGGUCACAGAACGUUACAGUGGAGAACUCGAGGCUGACGCAGCAAGGAUGCUGAACCCGGUGGAAGCGUUGGCCAAUCUUUCUGGCGCCUCACAGCCCGCCAUCCGAUUGAUACUUUCCGUUCUAGCCGCUUACCCGUUGGGUGGAUUCUAUCGCAAGCUUCAAGCAUCCAGUACUGUCAAGCACAUCUUCAUCGCUACGAGUGGAAUCGCAAUUGUUCUGUUCAACUAUGGCUUCGAUCUCUAUCAUAGUGCACUGGCCGUGGCCGUGACCUACCUACUGAAUGCGUUCUUUUCCAACAGCCCGCUGCUGGUGCCGCUUAGUUUCGGCUAUCACAUGGGCUAUCUACUUGUCGGAUACUACUUCACCACUUCGGAAACGUACGACAUCAAAUGGACCAUGCCCCAUUGCGUGCUGGUGCUUCGGUUGAUCGGGCUGGCGUUCGAGAUCUCAGACAGUCGGGAGAAAAUAGCCGCCAACAAGCGCGAUGACAAGUGCAUCGAUGUGCCCUCGCUGCUGGAAGUGACGGCCUUCACGUAUUUCCCGUCGUCAGUUCUGGUUGGACCCCAGUUCUCAAUGCUACGUUUUCGGCGCUUCAUCAGCGGUGCCUACGAGCCGUAUACGCAGGGAACGCCGGCUUACGCCACCAAGAAAUUCCUCUUCGGGGCGUUCUAUCUGCUGGUGAACCAGGUCGGAUCGCAACUCAUUCCGGACAGUUUUCUGCUGUCGGGCGACUUUGAGCAGGAAUCCUACCUUAUGAAGCAUAUCUAUAUGGGCCUUUGGGGUCGGCUAGCCCUAUACAAGUACAUCUCUAUUUGGCUGCUCGCCGAGGGGGCUACAGUGCUGUUCGGUAUUACAUACAUCGAUGCCAAACCGAACGAACGCGAGUACGAUCCGGACGAGCUGUCUGGAUGCACCAACAUCAAGGUCGGGGUAUUCGAAAAUACCACAAAGUUUGCUCACUACAUUGAAUCGUUCAACGUCCAAACUAACCACUGGGUUGCCAUCUACGUCUACAAACGGCUCAAAUUCCUCGGCAACCGCUCACUGAGCCACCUCGGGGCACUUAUUUUCUUGGCAGUUUGGCACGGCUUCCACAGCGGAUAUUACGUUACCUUCUUCAUGGAGUUCUUGGUUGUCCGUUUGGAAAAAGAGGUUGAACCUGUAUUGAAGGCAAACGAAUUCUUCCAGGCAAUAAUGCAGAAACCGUUGGCCAAGAUUGUUGCCUUUCUUUUUCUUAAAUUCUACACCAUUGUCUUGGCCGGCUGGUGCCUCGUACCCUUCGUAUUUCUCAGCUUUGCCAAAUGGUGGCACGUCUACUGUGUCGUGCGCUUCUCCGGCAUCAUUGUGUUCCUGUUCGGGAACUUUGCCCUCAAGCCAAUACUGUUGGCCAUCUUGCCUCCAAAUGCUGCAAGACCUGCAGCGGAAACCAAGAAAAGUGAUUAAUUUAGUAACACGACUGCAAAAACAGGAUAUGUAUAACUUUUUUUUUCAAAUAUUUUUCGUAUUGAUUUGAAGUGUUAAGCAAGCGUUUCGAAACAGUCAAUUAUUGAUAAAAAUAAUGUGUGGAAUGUCAAGUAAAAACAAUUGAUUCCAUCCGAUACUUUAACUCUACUGCUAAAACGACUGCACUGAAAAAUAAGCUUUUUUAUACUUCGUCCUCCGACGAUUCUCAAAAUCAGCAAAUUUCCAUUUUUUUCUCCAGCUACCUCUCUUCGAAAUUCUCUACUUACUUCAUACUUUCUCAUUAGGAAAAAGAAAUCCAUUCAUUAUCACUAUUUUCGGGAAAAAUGGUUAAUAUAAAAAUAUUUAUAAUCCACACACCAAACGUAACGGAAAUUAUUAAAUGACACGUUGUUCAAUCUCACUCCUAAAUAAAUACUUGUUCUUUUCAACUCCAAGUCAAAUGUUAGCGAUUGAUGAAGGUGUAAGGUAUAAUAAGAAAAUUAUUUAUUUUUAAUCAACGAAUCUAGCAGUACUCUCAUAUACUACAACAUGAAUGAAAGACGACGAGCAAUACUGAUUAGCCGAUGAUACCAACUAUGAACGGAUUUAGCGUUAAAACCAAAUUUGGGAUUAAAAAGUAUUUAUGCAGUUUGUAGAGGGAGCGUGCGGUAGCCAAGAGCAGUGCGUAGACAGUAGCAACUUUUAACUUUAAAUAGAAUAAAACGCUAGUCAGUUUACGAGUUAAUUCAA